AAUGAUGCGACUCAAAUAGAGGGGCAAAUUAGCUUGAGGUAGCCUUUGUAGAAUGCUUCACUGCGUCACUUUGAGCCAAACAAAACACUGCAGCUCGAUCCAACUCAAAUAAAAUACAAAUUGUGUAAUAUUUAUCUUCUGGACGUUAUUUGCAAGCUUCAUUUGAUCGCGCAAGUCGAAUUUCUUUCAACCACAGGCAUCACAACUGCCGUUUGAUCCCAGUCAGUAUGGCCGACGUAGAGCAGCCAGAAGCUGGGCCCAGCGAGCCCCAGGGCCGCGAGGUGACAUACUGCGGAGUGUGCUCAUUGCCCCCAGAGUACUGUGAAUAUGGAGGAACUGUCAAGAAGUGCCAGGACUGGCUGCAGAGAAACAACCAGGAGAUGUAUGACAGGAUCUGGUCGCCCGAGGCCCUCCAGGCUGCCACCGCCGCACUGUCUGUCGAAGCACAACAACGAGCCGAGAAGGAUGCAAAGAAAAAGGCUGCCAAGGCCGAAGCUGCUGAGGCGAAACAUGCCGACAAGCUGAAGAAGAGUGUUGUUACGGUUAAGAGGAUCGAGCGAAACAAGCGCAAAUAUGUUACCAGCGUCUCGGGCCUGGAGUCUUUCGGGCUUGAGUUGAAGAAGGUUGCAAAGGACUUUGGCAAAAAGUUCGCAACGGGCUCGUCUGUCACCAAGGUCGCAUCAGGAGGCGAGGAGAUCGUGGUGCAGGGAGAUGUCAGCGACGAGAUCAAAGAAUUCAUCGUCGAGAAAUACAAGGAUGUGCCAGAAGACAACAUCGAGCUGGUCGACGACAAGAAGAACAAGAAGAAGGAGGCUGCCACUGCCGCUGGUUAGUGGGUAUAGAACCAUUUUAUGACGGAAGGUGGCAAUGAAGGUACGAUUACGAUGAUAGCAUUUGCAUGUUGAUGCAGCCUCAAUUAUCCGGCAUACGGUCAGGCAAACGCCAGAGGUCAAAAAGCACUGAAGGCUUGAACUGCAGACACAUGGAUACGUUCACGUAAACGGCAUUUUGCCAUGGAAUAUCCCCUAGGUUGGCGUGGCCACUAGGGGAAAGUUUAUAUACGUCGAUCGGUCGCCUUAAGGGCAGACCAGGACACCAGGGAUCAAGAACACAGGUCAAUAUGGACUUACGUAGGCCAUCAGGGUGUCUUGGGAAAAGUCAUGUACACUGCGGCGCACGCAGGGCUACCUGCUCAAACAACCACUUUUGUUCAACUGUCAGCCAAUCUGGCCAAUCCUGUUGACGAUGAUACCCAUACACCGAACUCCGAAACACUGAACAAAAAACCCGCAAACGUAUACUAACAGACACAAAUGUCAGACGGUGAAGAUUGUGGAGAUAGAGGGUGAAAACCCCGCUGUAAUGUAGUGGUUUGAUCACUGUCCAUAAACGCCAUUUCAUGUUCCCAAGACUGAUCUAACCAGCUUCUCGGAAGAAAAUCAAGAACAAAAAGAAAACACGAGCAUCAGUGCUCCCCACAAGAAAUAAAACCACGAUCGUAACCCG